GUUGGCGUGGCGCGGGAACGCCUUCCGGGAGGGGGAAACAAAACGGCGCGCACGCCGUCGCAGCCAGCCACCGCUUCCCGGAGUGCUGUCGCCCGCGCGCCUUCCUGCAGCUGCCAGAAUGCCAAACUGGGGAGGAGGCAAGAAAUGUGGGGUGUGCCAGAAGACAGUCUACUUUGCCGAGGAGGUCCAGUGCGAGGGCAACAGCUUCCAUAAAUCCUGCUUCCUGUGCAUGGUUUGCAAGAAGAAUCUGGACAGCACCACUGUGGCAGUGCAUGGAGAAGAGAUCUAUUGCAAGUCAUGUUACGGCAAGAAGUAUGGGCCAAAAGGCUACGGCUACGGGCAGGGCGCAGGCACGCUGAGCACGGACAAGGGGGAGUCUCUGGGCAUCAAGCAUGAGGAAGCCCCUGGACACAGGCCCACCACCAACCCCAAUGCAUCUAAGUUUGCCCAGAAGAUUGGCGGCUCUGAGCGCUGUCCCCGAUGUGGCCAGGCAGUCUAUGCUGCGGAGAAGGUGAUUGGUGCUGGGAAGUCCUGGCACAAGUCCUGCUUCCGCUGCGCCAAGUGUGGCAAAGGCCUUGAGUCGACCACCCUGGCAGACAAGGAUGGUGAGAUCUACUGCAAAGGAUGCUAUGCCAAAAACUUUGGGCCCAAAGGUUUUGGCUUUGGACAAGGAGCUGGAGCCUUGGUUCACUCAGAGUGAGGCUGCCGCCGUGGCCUGCGCACCCUGCCUACUCCUGAGCUUUUCAUUAGCAGUCCAUUCCCAGAAGCCGUGGACACCUCCAGGGUCCUCCCCCCUCACUCAGCCAUGCCGCACAUCACUAAUGCCUUGGACUCGGGUUUCUGGCUUCUUUCGGUUUAGGGGUUUGCCUGAGCUUCUCCCCACCAAGGGCUUCCUCCUGCCUGGCAUUGGAUACCAUUACCUUUAGGAGACAUCUGUCUAGUCACCCUUUCCAGAGACCAGGUCCCUCUCCCCACACCUCACCCCCACAGACUCUGUUUCUGGACUGAAUGUCCACCCUCUACUGGCCACCUGAUCCAACAUCUUUAGAGCCCAAGAGAGCAACACAGGAGACCUGGGGCAGGGAGGCAGGACCAGAACUGGGCUAGGGCGGGUUGUGGUUUGUUGGAUCCCAGAGAGCCUCCUCUGGGUAGGAGGCUGGGUGUGAGGCCAUUGGAAAGAGUGCUUUCUCUGCCCUCUUGCCUUUGAAUGUGCAAAUAGUAUCUUUUCACUUAGCAACGGAGAACAAGCCGGAUCAGAGGACCCCAAAGUCUAAAGGUUACCUGACCUCCUUAGGCGUCAAGUUCCCUGUUUGAUGGGCGAGGGAGAUCCUAAUGAAUACCUUGAACAACUACAUUUAUCGGUGGUCCAGAUCUUGGAGUGGUCAAUUCUAGUUCUAACCUUGGGUCUGGUGGUUGGGAUGGACAGUUUCUGUUUCAGCAUAGCUCAAGGUAGAGCUGUGUUCUAGCCACUCCUGGGCGUUCCUCUGAACCCCCAGUCCUCACUCCUCUCCAACCCAGACCCUUCUUUUUUCACCCCUCCUUUCUCUAGUAACCAUCAUUACCUUGCCCAUCCCACCCACACCCCAAGGUCAGCAGCAGAGGGGAGAAGGGCCUCCAUGCUCCCUGAGACUGAAGGGACAGGGCUGUGUACAGUUAUUUGCUGCAAGGGCUGUAGGCAUGGGCUGUUGAAGCUGAUUUAUCAUCUGAUGAAUAAAGCAAUUUAGAACUGAA